CUGAGCGCCACAAAAGCCAGCCUGAUUGUGGCACUUAGGCAACAUGUCGCGUCCGUCUUUUCACCGUACACCUACCCAUUCGCGACACAUCACCAGGUUUUCCUGCAUCUCCCCGCCGUCCGGUGCAUUUACGUCAUUCUGUUCGGGCAGCCUCGCACAUUCGCAAGCUUUGGGUGCAGAAGGGCCACCGCAGAACACGUUGGCAACAAAGGACACCUACUCAUGAGACCAUAAACACUAUCGGGCGCCUUUGGAGACUAAACACUAUUUUUGCGCAUUCCAAACAACAAGAUCCGGCAGUGACUACCAUUCACAUGCGCCCACAGUAGUCGUCAGGCCAGGUGUCGCACGGUUGGUAGGAUGCCCCUAUCAGCAACAACAGUCGCCCUAUCUGCAAGCCAGCCCGACAAACAUGGUCCAAACACGGCUCACCCAGGAUGAGAUGCGCAGUCUCUCAGAAGAGCAAGGGAACGGCCGGACUCGCUGUUGUUUACAGGCGACUGCCGCGACCGCAACGGGGUCACAGGUCGCAUUUGACUAUCUCAAUAAAGGAGCUGCGAACGUCAUAUUCAAGAUUCGGCCAGAACUCAGUCCCAGCGCCAAACGAUUUCAGUUCGUCGAUGUAUCCCCCAAGGACAAGCUGUCUGGAGUAACCACACCAGUAGCCCACCAAAGCCUGAUGGGUACAGUCCUCAGAGUCCCAAGGGGCGGCCAAAAGCACCUUUCAUCCUUAGAAAUACUUGACGGGUUCGAGCAUGCAAUCCGCCCACUCUUCUUACCAGGUGCCCGUAACAAAAUUCAACUAGACCGGGACCUUACCAAACACCUGAUGGAUCAUGAGGGCGUGCUAUUGCUCCCAGACGUCAUGGACCACCUUUACACUCGAGUUGAAAAGCUUACAUUUGCAAACACGCAGUCGCGACGAAAAUGCUGGGGGAUACUCCUGCCCGACAUGUCGCCUAUACCAGGGAAAUCGAUAACGCUAGAAGUGAAGCCAAAGUGGCUUGCACAAUCUCCAAACGCACCGCCUAAGGCAGUCCGCUGUCGCACCUGCGCAAUGCAAGUAGCUGUGCCCAAGAAACGCGACAACUACAUCUGUCCACUCCAGCUGCUCCAUGGCAAUUCCUCAUCGCUGCAACCUUGGUCACAGACAACAGUCAUGCGACAAUUCGAAGGAGGAAAACCACCAGCCCCAGUAGUCACAUCAGCCAUUGCAAAAGCUCUCCUAGACUACGUUACAGUAGGCGACGGUAUUACUUUACUACAACACCUCCUCAAUCUGCAAAGUUCCCUUGAUCCUCGCGGCGUCCUUUGCCGACCCCAGGCGGACACUGGAACAUUUGAUGAUAACCUCCGCCUUGCAAUGACAUUGAGAGACUGUUCAAUGUUCAUCAAGAUCUCAUACAACACAGCGGGCGUCACUGCGAUUGAGUCGAAACUAGGCGAUCUCGACUUCAAGUCCGCCGAAAAGAUUGUCGAUUGGACGGACAAGGAGAAACAACUCUUACAAGACAGCUCUUACACUAAGAGUGUAAAAGAAGGUCCAAUAUGUUGGCUCCAGCGGGUACAAGGGGUGAGUGAUAUUGUCCAGGUAUGGAAGUAAGCGUUUGCGAAGGUUCUAUCAUGAUACAUGUUUUUAUGUUUUUUUUUAUCAAGUUUUAUUCUGGGCUUGCAACGGAUCGGGUUAUUAUAUAGAUUAAGAUGGGCGCAAGCCUGAAGACUCAUAUCUACAAAACUUAAUGUAUGUACUAGUCCAAAGGAAGACUCAAAAGAGCGAGGGAACUACGCAAAUUUCAUAGCACCAAGUGCGUCCACACACACAUUCAUUCCGCCAUAGCAAGGCCACAAGAAAAAA